UUGUGCAAGAGGAAGGAUGGUGCGGGUUGGAAUGAAUCGGACGACCACUUGCAUUACUCUUGCAACUUGGAGGAGGAAGGACCGGGUCACGUCACGUGUGGUAAUAGUCGCCUCUGUGGCUUGGUCCACUCGUCUGUCAGCACCACCCAUGGAGCUUCAUCUUCCUCCAUCCAUGUCAAUGUCGUUGUCGUUGACCUCUUUCACUCCAACACUCCCUCCGCGUGCAUACCUACAUUAUAUACGACCAGGAGAUGGAAUGGGGCGCAUCUUCGCUCACCAGGCCACACGGAACUACGUACUGUAUUAAUCAACGACCGAGAUCUGGACACCGACCGCAGGGCCGCCAUGGACUCGUCGUCGUCGCGCUGGGCCGCGCCCGCCGUGUCGGCCGGCGGCGUGCUCGCCUCGGCGGCCAUCUUCCUGCUGUGCAUGACGUUCGCCCACGCGCUCAUCUUCCUCCACCACCGCUACUUCAGCACCGGCGUCGUCGCGCCCAGCGGUCGUCGUCGGGCGCGCGCGCGGAGCGCCCGGACGGCGGCCCCGCCUGCCAAGGGCGUCGACCCGGAGCUGCUGCGGUCGCUGCAGGUCACGGUGUACCGCGCCGCGGACGACGUCGGAAUCGGAUUGGUGGACUGCGCGGUGUGCCUGGCCGGGCUCGAGGACGGGGAGGAGGCGAGGUUCCUGCCCGGGUGCGGCCACGGGUUCCACGCGGGGUGCGUCGACAGGUGGCUGGCGUCCCACACCACCUGCCCGCUCUGCCGGGUCACCGUCGUCGGCAAGCCCGACCCAGAGGCUUCGACGUCCACGAGUCUCCCUCCCGUACCUCCGGAGCCGGCGAACUACGCAGCGAACCUGCAGCUGCCGGCGAGUGUGCUGCUCGGGGUUACAGACCAGACCACGCUCGGUGCGGUGACCGCGGCCACCGAGGGAGUGCUGGUGAUCGACGUUCCGGAGUCAAUGAUGGUGGCAGCGGCCCCGCGCGACGCGUCCAAGUCUCCGGGAGUGGCCGGGCUGAGGUCGGUGAAGAGGCUGUGGAGCUUCGGGAGGCAAGGGCCGUCGGGGUCCACUACGCCCUGCGCCGGCGGCAGCGGAACGGCAGACGUAGAGCGGCGCAUUAGCAUUCGAGGAGGAGAGGCGAUUCCAGGCGGCGGAGGCGGCGGCGAGUCGCCCUCGAGCCCUUCCUCAUGCAGUCGAACAGAGUGCCAAAGAGAGAUUAGGUUUAGGUGGUCGUGGGCUAUUGGGCUCGCUCGGCUGCUCGGGGCUGCGCUCUGUCGCUCGCCGUGUCCCAGGCGUGUAUCAGCAUUCUUUUUCUUUUCUUUUAAAUAAAAAAACGGGAUACUUCUUUGAUACGCGUAUCCAAGCCGUAUCGGCCGUAUCGGCCGUAUCGGCGUAUCGGAGCCGUCCGGAACGGCGAUACGGCACUUUCCUGGCGUAUCGGUGCUACGUAGCAGAGAUCAGCUCGAUCCAGUGCCUAAGCUGCUAUAUAUGUAGGUAUAGGACA